CGUUAGAAAUUGGAAAAUCUAGUUUGGUGAGUACGAUAUCGUGGCAUCCCUGGCUUCUCUUGUAAACAUUGAAACAUGGCGUUGGCUCGGCUGUGUGCAGGUUCCCUCCUCGCCAGGCCCUUCUUCAGACACGGGGAGGCUCCUGGAUUGUUGUCAGUGGCAUUCAAGCAAACAGUGGCAGAGCAACUUGGCCUGCCCGAACCCCCCAAGCGUCCUCUCACCCCUCAUGUCCGAUAUAUAAAGGAACAGCUUGAGGAAAACAUGAAACGAUUUCCAACGCUGUCAAGUCAAGAGGUGUUUAUCAAAACAUUGGAUAUCUGGAAAUCUCUCAGUACGCUGGAGAAGAGUAAAUGGACAACAGAAUACGGAAGAGAAAAAGAAAUCUAUGAUGUAAACUAUAAAGCGUACAUGGAAAAACUCAGUCCUUCUCAAGUGGAAAACAUAAAGAAGCUGAAGAAGAAACGCUCUGAGGACAAAACAAAGCGUCAGGUGAGACGUGACAAAAAGAAAGAAAGCGAGCUACUGGGCAAACCCAAGUACCCAGGCAAUGCCUUCCUACUGUAUGUGUCCAGCCUUGACCGAGGAGAAGCAAGUGCCAAGGAGUUUGUGACUGCAGCAGCCACAAACUGGCAUAAGCUGCCAGAGCAAACACAGAAAGUUUACCGUGAUAAGGCCAAAAAGCUGCUUGAGGAGUAUCAGCAGCAGUUACUUCAGUGGGAAAAUAAAAUGGUGAAGCAAGGCAGAAUAGAUCUUGUGCGGGUCAACCAGCUUGGAGGGGAACUAAAAGACACCCUUCGAGGACGCAAACAGAAGAAUUAGGGACGCGCCGCGGGUGGUGGUGAAGGGAAGUUGGAUGCAUCUGGGCUGUCAUUGGGAAAGAAGGGAAAGAGCACAAAAACAAACAAUGACAAGAACAACGACAAAAGAAAGGAAGGCAGUGUUUCAGCCAUAAGGAAAAGAGGGAAAAAUGUAACAUCUCAGAAAAGAGUAAGAAAAAAGGAAGAUUUGGUGUCAUCUAAAUCUUUAGCUCAGUUGACAGCCCAUCCAAUUUACAUUAAAAGGUCAGAAAAGCUGAAUGAUGAUGAGAAACAUCUAACUAGGUUAGCUUCUGGUAAUGUAAAGGAAGGUGGAACAAAUGUUUCAGAGAACAACAGCUAUAAACUUGAGGAUAAUAUGUCUUCUAAUGUAUUUCCCACACUGUCACCUGAAAAAACAUUGUUGAAGUUGUUUUACAUGGACAUUUCACAGUUAGAUAUAACUAAGUAUCCUAACCAGUCCUGCUGGUUGAAGUCACUUAGUGAUUCUAAAAGAUUUUAUCUUUGCCUAACUGAAACAAAAAUGGAUAAUCCUGAAUUAUUAUAUGAAGAAAUGUUGAAAACUGAUCAUGAUAGUUCUGAAGAAGAAAUCUCAAUAUCUUUAGGGAAAGAAUGUGGAUUUUCUAUGGAAAAACAAAAGAAUUCAUUGGUUGAUGAAAAUAAAGACCAGUCACAAAUCAGCCUACUUGGUGCACAGUUGCCUCCCCAUGCAGGCAUUUGUUCCAGUGGCUCUCUGCAUCCCAGUGUGAUAAGACAAUUCCCAGAGGCUCUCUCGACCUUGGCCCACUUCCCUGCUGCCUUCAUUAGUGAUGAAGGUAAACACUUUAAUUCAGAGUGCCUGGAUAACAAUGUCAGUUGUCUUUUUAGUGCAGAGAUAGUGCAUGACUCUAAUUCUAAGCCAAAGGUCUGUAGUAAUGGAGAUUCUACAGUAAAAGUCAAGAAAUUAGCUGUGAAUGAUGAGGACUAUACAUAUAUAGAAAACAUUGCUUCUUUUAAAAAAGGUUUAUAUUCGCAUAUGGCAUAUCAACCUGUAAUUAAAUUACAUGUAAAUAAUGACAAACUAUGGUGGAAAGAAAUAGGUUUCUUGCAUGUAUAUAAUAUUACCAUAGUAGGCAUUUUUUUAUACUUUUUGGUAACAUGAUUGUAUGUUUACAUAUAAACUGCUAAGAGUCCACCACAUUGGCAUUAGAAAAUGUGGGUAAUUGAUGAUGAUAAUGAAGGGAACCUUGUACUUUAAUACAUUUUUUAUUGAAU